UUAGGAGGUCUAAUCCCGCCUGCGCUAUGGCGCUGAUGAUGGCUCCAAAAAUGGUUUUGCAUAUUUUCCUAUUUGUUCUUGGGACAACAUUGGCAGCACCUCCAAAUGAUGAGAACCUACCACCAAGACCGCGAGAAGGUGCCAUAACGACACGCUACUGUGCAUUUUACAAUGACUCGAAGCCGUGUGACCCCAACAACACUAGCUGCAUCGAAACACCAGAGAAGGAGGAAUGUCUACCAACAGAAACCACAGACAAGAGCAGCCAUUGCUUUGUUCUGUGGCAAUUCGAUAAUGUCACCAACACUGCUUAUCCCAAGGUUAAAGGAUGCUUCCUUGAUACUGUCUCAUGUACAGACAGGGCGUUUAAUUGUCGAUUGCAUAAUAUAAAACUUCCUCUACUACAUUGCUGCUGCGAAGGUGACAUGUGCAAUCAAAAUUUGACAUUCCCAGGUUUGGAAGUUGUACUAGCUCAUACCGAAUCACCUGUGGAGAUCAUACGUGCGUCCCCUGUACCCUCAUCCGACGAUGAUACCAAGAUGGUCAUCACUUAUACGUUGAUUCCAUUAUCCGUGCUAUUUCUGGUUCUCAUUGGUUGCUACUUCUUGUACAGAAAGCGAAAGGGUAGCUCGUUUGCCGAGCUUGCUAGUGGAGAGCCAUCUCUGUCAAGGCCACCGUCAGCUAGCGCUGGAAUGGACAAUGAAGGAGUCGGAUUAAUAGGACCAAUUACUUUAUGCGAGGUCAGAGCUCGGGGAAGAUUUGGGGCAGUCUGGCGGGCACAACACGGACAGACGGAUGUAGCAGUCAAGGUAUUUCCGCUGCAAGAUAAACAAUCGUGGCUGGCUGAGCAGGAAAUAUACAAGCUUCCGAGGAUGGAUCACCCAGAUAUAUUGCAUUUUAUUGGAGUAGACAAAAAAGGAGAUAACUUACAAGCAGAGUAUCGCCUCAUCACUGCUUACCAUGAAAAGGGUUCACUAUGUGACUACUUGAAAGCCAACACGCUAACAUGGGCAGAAGCAUGGCGUGUAGCGGUCUGCGUGGCGCGCGGUCUAGCACACCUACACGAGGAAGGUGGCGGGAAACCAGCCGUCGCCCACCGGGACUUCAAGUCCAAGAAUGUCCUCCUCAAAGCGGAUAUGAGCGCUUGUAUAGCAGACUUCGGACUGGCGCUAGUAUUCGCGCAAGGACGAGGCUGUGGUGAUGCACACGGUCAAGUUGGCACGAGACGGUACAUGGCGCCGGAAGUUUUGGAUGGUGCGAUCAACUUCACAAAAGACGCCUUCCUCAGGAUAGAUAUGUAUGCGUGCGCACUCGUGCUAUGGGAGAUAGCGUCCAGAUGUAACGAUGUGGGCGCGGACCCUUCGUUACAGUACCGGCUGCCACUUGAGGAGGAAGUGGGUUCACAUCCCAGUCUUGAGGAGAUGCAGGAAGCGGUGGUACAGAGGAAACUUCGACCGCUCAUACCGGGUGUCUGGCGGGACCAUCCGGGCCUGUCGGUGUUGUGCGACACAAUGGAAGAAUGCUGGGACCACGACGCGGAGGCCCGGCUGUCUGCGUCCUGCGUGCUGGAGCGGGUGAACGCCCAGCGACCCGCGACAGGCCCGGCCCUGGCCCCGUCCCUGGCCGCGUCCCUGGCCCCGUCCCUGGCCCCGGCCCCGGCCCGGGCCGCGGACACGGCCCCGCUGCUCAUACACGACCUGGCGCCGCCGCCCCGCGUCUGCUGACCGCAGCACAAUCCCCGCCAUCACCAGCACGACCACCUGCCCCUCAUACUGCUGUGAGUGAUCAUUAUUAGCAAAUCAACACAAAACAUGUGCGCUUCCUCGAAACAACCUAGUCAAAUCUGGGCGGGAAAUAUAUCCUGUAGUUAAUAUUAAUAUAGUUAAACUGGUUUUAACACACGAGCAGUCAGUCAGCUCGUGAACACGGCUAGUGCGAUCUAGUCGAAACGUCAACAGAUGUAAAUACCUUUAUUUGCCAUAAAAUGAUUCGUAUUUACCCGUUUAACUAUAUCAAUAUUGUGUACUAAGCACGAAAGUUUAAAAAUAAGUGUCCUGUAGAUAUUUUGAUUUAUACAAGAUUUUAGUGAGAAGUUUUAGUAAUUUGGAGAAUUGUUUGAAAGCGUUGAAUUUAUUAUACGAUCAUUGUAAAUUCGAAUCUCUACGUAACGCCCGAAAGUUAAUUUUGUUAUAACUCCGGAAUCACUGCACUUGUCCAAAAUGGGGCACAGGUUAUGUAUUAAAUACAUUGUUAAAGCAAUUAUGUUAUAGAAUUUGAACACUUUAAUCUUGUCUAAAUAAAUCUAUUAGUACAAUGAAGUAAAUAAACAGACAUUGUAAUAAUUCAGAAUAAAAUCCAGUGGUGCUCAAACAUGUACUCACUAUUACAAUUUAAUAAUGAACUAUUACAAAAAUUUUACAGGUAUCCAAUUGUUUUAGGUGAAUUUAAAGUUAAAUAAACUUAAGCCAAAACGAUUAUUUCGGCUUAUGUUUAUUUAUCUUAAUUAUUCUAUUUACAUUUUUUUUUCUUUUUAUGAUCUUAAGUUUAGACCAAAUAUCAUACGUCUAAAAAGUAGCGACAAUUUUCUACCCAUAUGUACCAUAUUUAAUUUGUAAUAUUAAAUAAAAACUGUUCAAUUAUUUCAUUGCACUAUAAUAAGUCUACCAUUUAACUUAUUAAAAGUACUAACAAACAUUCACCCAGUUUGACUUUACCAGUAAGUUACAAUUAAAUAUAUUGUGUAAAAAUAUAAAAUAUAAGUAUUGUUAUCUCAAACGAUAUCAUACACAUUUAGGCUGCUGGCAUACAGUCAGUUGUCGCAUUAACUAACCGACUGUAUACCAGCGGCAUUUGUUGAAAACUACACUGAGCAUUUUUAGGUUGUUUUCUGUCAUUAUUUAAUCAUUUAGUGUACCAUAUUAUAAAAAUAGUCAAUCUGAACUCACAUGCAAAUCAUUUUUGUAAAUACUAUCCGUCCGUUGCAGUCUCAGAAAAACCCAAUAGUUGAUGAUAUAAUUUGAAGUUUCUCCGUGAUACAAUUUGAUUGUAGUAGACGUCUUAUAAAGACUAUAUCAAAUUAAUAUAUGCUAUAAAAAUCGGUAUAGUAAAUGUUAAUUUGACAGUUUUAUUACUAAGCACAAGUGCACUAUUUGAUCCAACUAAGAUUAUGUUUUAUCCAAUUAGUUAUGAUUUUGCGGAAGUCCAUUUUAUUGUGUAAUGGAUUUAUAUUAUUUUGUUUAAUUCCGCUACCACUAGCAUGAGUCUAUACCCAUAUUUCAUAUUUCUACACCAAUAUGGGUGUAGACUCAAUAACGGUCGGAUUUUAUCACCAAUAGAGAAGGUUGUAAUGAUAAUGUAUAUGAUAAUGAACUAGUGCACCCGCCUGCGCCAACGGUUUACACUGGCGGGGAACCAGUGGAGGAUGAUAAUAUGAGAUGAAGUAAGAUCAGUUAGCCCGUCGUGAUAACUUCACCUGGAAUUUAUCACGAUGGUUUCCAGGUGAACCACGUGUAGGCCAA